GUCUGUAUGAGGCGGUGAUGUCUCCGAAGGGCCAUCAUACUCUAUCAGGGCUGAACAGACCCGAGUUCGUCAUCGGAAAGCCUCUUCCAGCAUGCGACCUCUGCCAUUCUCGGAAAGUAAAAUGCGACAGGGAGCAGACAUGCAAUAAUUGCGCUGCGGCAAAAGCACCAUGCAUUCGCUCGAGACAGCGACCUCCUCGUCGCGUAUCGAAGCGCCAAAGAGCUGCCCCUAUAAGUCGAUCCACCUCUCCCAGCCAGGCCAAUAACUUGUCUUCCGAGAGGCCACGGUGUAGUAGUUAUCAGCCUGCCUUGUAUUCACCCCACGCUGCUCACAAGGAAAGCCCUCCGGAGAGACUUGGUCGGACCUGUCCCUCGACACCAAGAGACACCCGCAAGCUGAUAUCUCUCCCUCUUGUUCCCGAGCCUUCCGACCAGACGGACAGUACAGGUAACCUACUGAUCAGACAGGAGCUCGAUUCCAACACGAAUCUGUCCUCGGACCGAAUCAAUGUCCUGGAAUCUGCACUCGCCCUGGUCCGCAAGUUUGUGGCAACUUCUGAGCGUGCUGAUGCCGUACCUCACGAGCCAGGGAUUGACAGUGACCUUCCCAUCCCACAAGAUGUGUCCAUGGAGUUGUUCUACAUGAUGUUCAGCGGCCAGGGCAGUGGUGGACCGGUCAGCUUGAAUCAUUGGCCUGACCACCUUCCCUUACAGACUUUGGAGCGAAUGUGUCUUGCUCUUGUGAACCGGACUGUCGAUGGUCAAAUCGCCGUUCAGUACAAGGUCUGCGUGUUUUCUCGAGCAACAAUGUUCGUAACUCGCUGGCUGCGGCUGUGUCCAUCGGAUGACCUUGCGCGCUGUCUUGUGAAGUCGAAGAAAAGCUAUGCAGCUGCCUGUCUGCAAUGCCUUCGGGAAGUCGACCUCACUGGAGGACAGAGCCUGCUCAUGCUGCAGACCCUUCUCUCUGGAGCCCACUUGGUUCAGCUUCUCGGUGAUUCAUCUAGAUCCUGGUUUCUUACUGCGUGUGCCGCUCGUGCUUUGGUGGCGUUGGGCUAUCACCAGUCCAGUAGAAUUACUGCAGACACUAAUGAAGGGUUUGAGAUUCGUCACUGUGUCUUUUGGUGCUACUAUUUUGAUAAGACGUUAAGCAUGCUUCUAGUUAGGCCCUCCUCUCUACCGGAUAUGCAGUUCGCCCCGGGGGACCUGGUGCAUACCGACUCGGACGACCCCUUGACAAUCAAAGUCAAGAUCCUGGUCAGGCUCGCCCAGGUCCAAGAUGCCUAUUUGCCGUUCAUCGUGGGACAUAAACGAGCACAAGCGGGGCCUGCUUCAGCACGCCUCGAUGCCCUCGAAACAGAGCUGCGGUAUAUUCAUGAAGACGUUAUCCAGUUUCGUCCGCAAUGCACAAACACGCCCACUCUCAUGAUAGAAUGGGACGCCCUCAAUUUUACCUUCUAUUCAAUAGCCACGACGGUGCUUCGUUUGAAUCCGUCAUCCCUGCAUGAUCGUGGUAAGCGUGAGCAGUGCCUCCAGUAUGCACGAGAAGCGCUUUGGUCUAUGCAAGCAUGCCAGAAACAUCUCGAUACAAUUACCCAUAUUGCGACUGACUUUCUUUUCUGGACAGCACUGCUGUAUCCCCUCACCCCGUUCUUCGUUGUAUUCUGCAAUGUGGUUGCCACUUCCAAUGUGCACGAUCUACGACUCCUUAAUGAAGUAACCGCGACAAUAUCCAAAGUAAAAGAACAGUGUGCCUUUGGAAUGAACCUCUACAUCAUGCUAUCUGAACUGAUUGCCAUGUGCACUCAACUUCAUGACGUGCAACCUGCACCAUCACAACUAACCCUCCAUGGCGAUUCCUUGGUAGAGGCGUCUCCUCAAGCCGAACGAGCAGCAGAACCAGCCAGCCAUACUAGUUUGAUGUCAGACGGUCAACCCGUAUCCUCCAGUUCCCACCCUAUAUCGCCAAUGCCAGCCCUAGACCAAUCCGCCACUGCCAGCGCCAUUCUGGGCCAACAGCCGUUUUCGUCCACGACAGCUGAGGCCGAAUCAGGGCAUGCGUCUAUCUGGGAGGAGGAUCUCAUGUCGGAGCUCUUCAAUAUUCAGCCGUCGGUUCAAUGGUUUGAUACGGACUAUUAUAAUUUGUUCGGUAUUCAGUAGACUAAGGGGGUAGUUUGGAUAGUUAGAAAGCUCUUGGGUUUGUUAUAUAUCUCGGAUGUUGCUGUCCAGUUAUUUAAUGACACCACUAUAUAUCUGCGGGCAUCGUCGUAUAUAAACCCC